AUGAUUAGUGGAGUGAGAUCUCUGUUCCAGAAUCCGGAGUUGUGUUCCGAAUUGUGCCUCACGAUUAAUGGAGUGAUUUACAAAGCCGCUGUGGCCAGUAUCCCGAUCGAUACAUCGCUCAACACCUUCAUUCGGCGACACGCGAAUCUGCGCGGGACGAAGUUCAUGUGCCUGGAGGGCGGAUGCGGAGUUUGCAUAGUCACCAUCCGGGGCAUUCACCCGACCACCAGACAGCCCUUCAUCUUGUCCGUGAACUCCUGCCUCCUGCCCGUCUACUCCUGUCACGGCCUCGAAGUGAUCACUGUCGAGGCGCUGGGCAGUCGCAAGGCUGGAUACCAUCCGAUCCAGUCACGCUUGGCCGCUCUCAAUGGAAGCCAGUGCGGCUUCUGCACUCCGGGAAUGGUCAUGAGCAUGUUCAGUCUCGUGGAGUCGGAGAGGGGCCAACUAACCAUGGCCGAGGUGGAGAACGCCUUCGGCGGGAACUUGUGCCGCUGCACGGGUUACAGGCCGAUCCUGGACGCCUUCAAGACUGUGGCUUCGGACGCCACGCAGCGCCUCCGGGAUUUGGUGUGCGACAUCGAGGACAUGCCGAAAUUCUGUCCGAAGAUGGCCUCCCACAGGAGCCCAUUCGAUCCCAUUGACGAGAAGAGACUCUUCUUCAAGUGCAAGAGCGGCCGGGAGUGGCACAAGGCAUACAACCUCGCCACCCUCUUCACAGUCAUGCGCCAGAGCCGCCACAAGCAGUACAUGCUGGUGGCGGGAAACACCGCGCACGGCGUGUACAGAAGGGACCCCAACAUCGAGCUCUUCAUCGACAUCUCGUCCAUCGAGGCGCUGAGGACCCACACUGUCGGCGGCUACAUUGAGAUGGGAGGCAACAUGACGUUGACGGAAACGAUGAUCUUCCUCAGAAGAGCCGCCUUUGGACGCCCUCAGUUCGGGUACGUCCACGAACUCGUCAGGCAUCUGGACUUGGUGGCCCACGUCGCCGUUAGAAACAUCGGAACUCUGGCUGGAAAUCUGAUGAUCAAGCAUGAACAUCCCGACUUUCCAUCCGAUGUCUUCCUCAUCCUCGAAACUGUGGGCGCAAUGCUGAUCAUCGCUGAGAAUGUCGGCAGAACGAGAUCGGUUUCCGUGGCAAACUUCCUCAAGAUGGACAUGAAGAGGAGGAUCAUCCUCAAAAUCAGACUUCCGGCCAUGGAUCCCGUCCGAGACAUUCUCCGAACCUUCAAGAUCAUGCCGAGGGCGCAAAACUCUCACGCUUACGUGAAUGCUGGCUUCCUAUUCAAAUUCACCGAGAGCCGAAGGCGAGUGUUGAGCGCCAAGAUCUGCUACGGAGGAAUCCAUCCCCGAUUCGUGCACGCCGCAACCACAGAACAACUCCUGCAAGGAGCGGAUAUCUUCGACAACGACGUCCUGCAGAGAGCCUUGCAAUCUCUGGACCAGGAAAUCCAACCGGACUCCUCCAUAAAUGAACCUCUUCCGGAAUUCAGGAAAAUCCUCGCCCUGGGAUUGUUUUACAAGGCAGUCUUGAGUGUUGGGCCUCAGGAGAGGAUUCAAGAGCAGUACAGGAGUGGCGGCACGACUAUUGAAAGACCGGUGUCUUCGGGAAUACAGCAAUACACAUCCAACUCAGAGAACUAUCCUCUAACUCAGCCAUUGCCCAAAGACACAGCUCUGGAACAGACUGCCGGAGAAGCUGUUUAUGUGAACGAUAUGGCUCACUUACCGGAUGAUCUCUGGGCAACCUUCGUCAUAGCCACGCAAACGAACUCCCGAAUUAGCUAUAUAGAUCCUUCCGUUGCCCUUAAAAUUCCCGGCGUCAUAGCGUUCUUCCGUGCAUCUGACAUUCCUGGAGUCAAUAAUUGCAUGAGCAGAAAGCAUCUUCAAGCGGAAAUUGAAGAAGAAAUAUUCGCCAGUAGUGAAAUUCUCUAUCAUGCUCAACCAGUUGGCAUGAUUGUGGCCGAAAGUUUCGAUAUCGCUCAAUUGGCAUCGAAAAAAGUGAAGAUAAUUUACGAGAGAUCAACAACUGACCAAAUCUUUCUCACGCCAACUGAUGUCUUGGAGGCCAACGAAGAGGAUCGCAUUGAACGAAAUUCUGCAGUUCUUGGAGAACAGAACGACGAUGAAGUCGAAGGCGAACACACCAUUACUGGAAGAUUUGUCUUGGGUUCUCAAUACCACUUUCACAUGGAGGCGCAAACAGUGAUUUGCACUCCGUCUGAGCAAGGACUCGAUGUCUAUGCUGCCUCUCAAUGGAUGGAUUUGUGCCAGACAGCAAUAGCUCAAUGCUUGGGCAUUCAUGAAAGUAGGAUUAAGAUGGAAGUGAGACGCUUGGGAGGUGGUUUUGGCGGGAAAAUAUAUCGAGUGACUCCAGUUGCAUGUGCAGCAGCAAUUGCUGCAUUUCGUCUGAAUAGAACUGUGAGAUUCGUCAUGACAAUUGAACAAAAUAUGAUGUCGCUUGGAAAGAGAUAUUAUGUUGAGUCAGAAUACGAAGUUGUGACUGAUGCAAAUGGACAAAUCUUGAAAUUAGAGAACACAAUUUACGAAGAUUUAGGAUGUAACUUCAACGAAAAUAUUCCUGGAGUCGUUCUUCCUAACUUUUCCAAUGGUUAUGUAACGGAUAAUUGGUAUUGGCAAUAUCACAUAGUUAGAACACAUAAACCCAGUAAUACCAUGGUAAGAAGUCCUGGAACUUUAGAAUUCACAUCAAUGAUUGAGAAUAUUAUGCAGCACAUCGCUGCUGUCACGGGUCAGGAUCCCAUUGAUGUCAGGCUCGCUAACAUGCCUGAAGACACUCAGAGAAGGCAAUUUAUAUCAGAUUUCAGGACAUCAACCAACUAUAAUACCCGAAAAACCGAAAUCGAUGAAUUCAACACUCAAAAUCGUUGGAAGAAACGAGGAAUCGCCAUGGUUCCUAUGAAUUACAGGAUCCAUUGGCUUGGUAUCAGGUAUGCCUUGGUAUCGAUACAUCAUGGCGAUGGAAGUGUGACGGUUACUCACGGCGGAACAGAAAUGGGCCAAGGCAUAAAUACUAAAGUGGCUCAAGCAACAGCUCAUCUGUUAGGCAUAGAUUACAACUUAGUAAAAGUAAUGCCAAGCCUUAAUUAUGUUUCACCCAAUACCAUGUACACCGCUGCAAGUAUAACAACCGCAAGUGUUAUUUAUGCAAUUCAACAAGCUUGUCAGACUCUCAAUGAUCGAAUUAAUCCAAUCAGAGACGAUAAUUCGGAUCUUGAGUGGCCGGAACUCAUUCAAAGAUGCUUCGAACAAGAUGUGGAUUUGACUGCUUCCUACAUGUUCAAGCAUUCUGAAAUGGAAGCUUUCCACGUCUUUGGAAUAUCAUGUGCUGAGAUUGAAUUGGAUGUUCUCACGGGAAAUUUCCUCAUCCGCCGUGUGGAUAUUCUUCAAGACACGGGCGAGAGUGUAAAUCCACUCCUCGACGUGGGCCAAAUCGAGGGCGGUUUCGUCUUUGGGCUUGGUUAUUGGCUCCACGAAAAGCUCAUUUACAACGAUCGCAACGGGAAGCUGAUGACUAACAGAACGUGGAACUAUAAAAUCCCCGGAGCCAAGGACAUUCCAGUGGAUUUCAGAGUGGCUUUCAUCCAGGAUCACAAUCCAGAUGAGGGUGUUUUGCGCGCUAAGCCAACUGGAGAGCCCACAACUGCCCUGGCCAUUGUGGUACCUUUCGCCAUCCGUUAUGCUCUAAAUUCAGCACGAUCGGACGCCGGAUACACGGACCCGUGGUUUAAUAUGGGCGCUCCUAGCACUAUCGAGGAAAUUCUCCUGCUCGCUGGGAACAGCACUCAAAAUUUUCAAGUAUAAAACGAUUUAAAUUAUAUCUGACUUCUUAAAAAAUACAUUUAAUAACAAUU